CUCAGGGCCUGGAUGUGAUGCCACCAGAGGGGCGGGAUGUAGAGCAUUUCCCCCUCCUCCAGCACGCAAGUCUGGCUAUUAGCCCGCGCGAAGAGGGGGAAGCGGGCCAGGUCGGGGCGCAGGGGAUCGACGCGGCUGUUGUUGCGGAGGAGGCCCUGGCAGGGGUAGAGGCAGGGGGACUCGGAGGGGGCGAAAAGCCUGACCGCCUUGGAGCCAACCACCUGGGCAAGCAGGUUGUGGUAGGGGUCCGUAUGCGUGGGCG